AUGGUUGGAAAGAAGUCAGGCAGGGCCCAACUCAGGGAAGAGGGUUUGGAGCGGACAGAUAACAACAUGGACCUCACGACAUGGCCCCAGGUCGGCAUGAUCAACCAAAAGAACUACUACACCGAGUUCCUGAAGCGCGACGAACAAUUCCUCGCUGUAAGAUACCCCAAGGAUGAAGAACGUGCGCGCAUUGUACAAGAGGCCAGAGACAAGGAUCGCGCACGCGCCCUUGGAGUGCCGACUACGGAAGGCGCGACCCCACAGACUGUGGAUGAGACCAUGGACGAUCCCGAAGUUUCUUUCGCAUCGAGGACCGAUAUCUCCAAGCUCAUCGUGAUACACCCGGGCAGCCAGAACCUAAGGAUAGGCCUGGGGUCGGAUGCAUUGCCCAAGACCGUGCCCAUGGUCAUUGCACGCAAGUGGAAAGAGAGCGAGGAUGAGGAAGAUGACGGAGAACCCUAUCCCAAGCGGAUGAAGGUCGAUGGGGAUGUCCCUGCAGAUGCCGUGGCUGAAAAGAAGUUUGGACUUGAUUUUUCUGACCAGUACCAUGCCAUGUCAUCUGAGCUGAGGACACGCAUGCGCAUCAAUAAACGACGAGUGCUCCCAAACUCAAAAGACCUUGUCAGCAACUACAACAAGAAGUCUCCCCCAGACAUCAUCUCCGAGCACAACGACAUCAAUCGCAUUGAGUGGACGGAGCUACCAGCAGACCCAAAGAAGGCACCAGACUUCUUUACGGGGCAUGAGGCUUUGCGGAUACCGGAAAGAUCAAACCCACGAUACAAACUUUUUUGGCCUAUACGGAAUGGCACCUUCAACGAGAAAGACUACCGAGACCGUAACCAAAUCUACCACGACAUAUCUAAAAUCCUUGAGGAGGCAUUCAGGACCCAGCUCGGUAUCACGAAGCUGAAGGACCUUGUUAACUACAAGUGCGUUUUCAUCAUUCCAGAUCUCUAUGAGCGGCAAUACGUGACCAUGAUUCUGGACAUCCUGAUGCGAGACCUCAGUCUUGGAAAGGUUUGUCUGCAGCAAGAGUCUCUCUCAGCGACAUUUGGUGCAGGUUAUGGUGUUGCCUGCGUCGUGGAUAUUGGCGCUCAAAAGACGUCCAUCUGCUGCGUCGACGAAGGACUGUGUGCCGAGGAGUCGCGCGUCAAUCUGAAAAUGGGCGGAGCCGAUGUCACUGAAACAUUUAUCAAAAUGAUGAUGUGCGGCAACUUUCCAUACGCGGAUAUGAACCUCAAGCGGAGGUACGACUUUUUGCUUGCUGAAGAGCUGAAACAAAAGUUCUGCUCAAUGGACGAAGGCUCCGUCACAGUCCAGACGUGGGAUUUCCAUCUUCGGGCUUCGGGGCAGGAUACACGGAAGUAUACGUUCAAGACGUACGAUGAAACGAUGCUGUCUGUGAUGGGGUUUUUCAAGCCUUCGAUAUUUGAGAAUGCACAUAAGCUCGAAAACAGGAGAAAAGUGAUACCGCGUUCUGUUGAUCUGUAUGAUGGCUCGCCCAAUGAUCCCAUCUCGCAAGCCCAAAUCGCCAUCAUCGAGGCUGCAGCCGGUAAACCGGUUAUCCCUACCAUAAACGGCUCACAAGAUCCUGUCAACAGCACUGCGCCCAUGUCUACGCCUCAACGUCCGCAACCCAGUCCUUUCAGCCUCCUAGGCCGAUUGAACGAGAAUGAGAACACGCCGCGAUCAUCGGUGGCGGGAUCGCCGGGCCCGGAAGGCAUGGCUACGCCAAACGCGGACCGCGACACACCCAUGGGUGACGGAGAUGGUGCUCCGCUCCUUUUUCGUGAUCCUAUCCACGAAAAGACCAAGCUAGCCGAAGCUCGCGAUGCCAUCCUACCCAUUCACUCUCUCGAUCAGGCCAUCCUGGAGUCGCUGACCCAAGGUGCCCGAGGCGACGAUCGCAAGCUCCGCGACUUCUUCGGUGGUAUCAUGUUAGUGGGCGGCGCUUCAAAGACCCCUGGCUUGAGGGAAUUUCUCGAGAUGCGGCUGAGAGAACUACGACCGGGCUAUGGAAAAGAGAUCCUCGUCGGUCCGCCCCCCAGGGAUUUUGAUCCGCAGGUUGUGGCGUGGAAGGGUGGAAGUGUGUUUGGGCGGUUGAGUGGGCAUGGCAACGACGGGUGGAUCUCGAGGUAUGAGUAUGAUAUGCUUGGAGCUAGGUUAUUGAACAACAAGUGCAUGUUCGCUUGGUAA